AUGGCAGAGGCGGAUCAAACAUGGGCCACGACCACUCUUCAGUCCAUCAAGGAGCUAUCGCCUUUGAAUCCUCGUGAGGCAGACACUGAGUUCAAAGCAGAUGUGGCAGAAGCAUUGAAGAAAUGUGGCACACUUCUCACGCAGAUCAAAGCCCGAAAGCGUCUGUUGAAAAGGCGCACUCCUGAGAAUAGAGAGGCAGCCAUGGCCCAAGCAGAUGAGAUGGAGCAGCAUGUCUCAUACAUUCAGGAGUUCCUCAAGGGCUUGAAUAACAUCGCGAAAGGCAAUGCAGGAAGUGGAGAUGAUUGCUGUGGCAGGAUUGAGACAAUGAUGGCUGGAGGGUUUGUCCUUGGCGUGGAGGUGUACAAGCGUAUUGCCAAACAAAUGCUGCUUGACGAUGUGAAGUUGCAACGGUAUGAUAGCAUGAGCAAGGUGUCUUGGCCCUUCAUCAGGAACAACAUUGACGAAGCAAAUGUCUUCCUUGGCCAACAAGCAGCAGUCCUACUGCAGAAGGUCAGCAUUGAAGCCGGGUGUGAGAGCAUGGAGCCACUUCGAAACCUCGUAACUCACAUGGCCAAUGCGCUUCCUUUACAGCAGGCCAGAGAAGACUUCAAUGUGAUCAGUCAACUUCUUGGCUGCAUGUCACUUCAGCCUACCAUUGCCCGCGAGUGUGCAACGACUAUCAAAUCCCAGUCUGGUCCUGACCGGAGUGUGUUGGCGUCCUUCAAGAACCUCGCACAAGGAAAGAAGCUUUUGGCACUUGCUGAGGAGCACGUUGUUUCCUGCUCUGACUCGGUCGAGCUCCACCAGAAGCUUGAGGAAGUUAAGUCCAAGGCAGAGACAUUCCUGGCUACUGUUGGUUCCAUCCAGCUUGCGGAGGGUGUGACACAAUGCUUGGAUUUGCUUUCGUCUAUUCGAUCCUUUGCCAGCAAAGUUGAAUCUUCCAAGAAUGACGGCUCGCAAGCCUCUCUGAAGGCAGCCACUGAUGCAGUGCGGAAUCUUGUCUCGGGUCUUGCACUUCACCAUGUCAAAGUUGAGGCCAACCCAUGGUUGUCAUCACAAGCUCAGACAUUGAAUCUGUCUCAGAUCUUAUCCAAACCUCCAGCGUUUGAGGUAUUGAAGUUGUCUUCAGAGAGCAAGAGAGCACUUGGCGGAGAGAUCAAAGUGUUGGUUGAUCUCGAGGCCUUCUACACCGGCACUGCAGAGGUUGCAUCUGAAGUGGAUGCCUUGCUUAGAAUGCCCAGCAGUACAAGCUUUGAGGCAAGAAAGGCAUGUAUCGUGCGGUUAUGCAAGACUUUUCAGUCAUGGUGUUCCAAGAAGAGUACUGUGCUCGUUUCCUUUCCGGACAUGUUCGAGACCUGUGCAAAGUUGAGCCUUGAGUUGGAUGGCUAUGUUGACUUGCAAAGCACCACAGCAUGGAGGCAGUCUUUGGCAGGACCAUUGCAAUGUUUCUCAAAAAUCGUCUGCAAGAAUAUGGGCCAACAAGCUUUCCAAGAGCUCCGCAAAGAAGGGGAGCUGCAAUCAGCGUUGGGAUCCAUGGAUGAUGCUCUUCUCCUUUUGACAGGAAUCCAGGAUCAGGGAUCCAAAAAGAAUGCUGAAAUGGCCACUUCCUUUGUGCAAAAGUGUUUGAGGUGUGCGGACAACAUGUGCAAUUCGGAAUGCUCCAAUGCGGCGGCAGCAUCGUCCAUGCUACAGGUUCUCCAUGUGAUUGAGGUUGUGAACCAGAAGCUUACUCCUGGUGCGAAGGUUACACCUUGUAUUGACUCCUCGGCCAUGAAGAGUCUUAUCUGA